AUGAGUGGUCUGUACAAGGGUGCUCCGAGAAACAUCUUCGUGACGCACCCUCCUCCAUCUGCAGCUGCCCACGCCACACGCAUGCUCCCUCCAGUACGGCGCUGCCUGCAGAUAAAGCCCUUGAGAGCUGUGCCUCGGCAUCAGAGCCUGCCUGCCUGCACAACUAGCGAAUCAGGCAGCAACCUCGAUCCUUUGGUAAGGGAAGCUAGACACAACUCAGCAGGGGGUGACUCUUCUGUUAAGGAUGUCAAAAAUGCUGGAGACCUGAGGAAAAAGGCCAUGGAAGGUGCUAUUGAUGAUGCAUUAAUAAACACUAAGGUGGUUGUCGAUCCAUUUCAGAUACUUGUGGCAGCAAAUAAAGCAGUUCAUCUCUACAGACUGGGAAAAAUCAAGAAAAAAACUCUAUCAACUGAAAUUAUUUUCAAUCUUUCCCCGGAUAACAGUAUUUCAGAAGCUUUGAAAAAAUUUGAUAUCUCAGCAAAUGACACUUCAAUUCUAAUUGUUUACAUUGAAGAGGGAUAAAAACAAAUAAAUCGAGAAGACCUAAUAUUUCAGGUAGAAGGUCACCAAGUUUCUCUGAAAAAUCUUCCUGAUAUAACAACUAUUACAGAAGUCAAAAAUAUAUAUAAACUAUCUUCACAUGAAGAAAGUAUUGGAACAUUAUUGGAUGGUAUUAUUUGUAGAAUGUCAACAAAAGAUGUUUUGUAAAA